CAGCGUUUACGAACAUUGACUGCCCCGCACGUGGACAGUUUCGACUACUUCUGGGAGCAGGGAUUGGCCCGGGGGGUCCAAGAUAUCGAACCGGCGGAAUUCAAUAUUGUCGAUCCACAGAAAUUACGCGACAAUCCGAUUGCCAAACCGGCCAAAGCCCCCGGGGAACGGUCUCAGAAACUCUUGCCACGUGAAUGCCGGGAACGGAAGCUCGUGUAUGCCGGAGAGAUCUCGGCAACCUUUUGCUACCGCAUGAUACAGCGUCGAAAUGGCGUAGAUUUCCCCUCCCGACCCGUCCGAUUGAACAAAACCUUUGGAGACAUGCCAAUCAUGGUCAUGAGUAAAGGUUGUCAUUUGGAAGGAACCACUCCGAAACAGCUGGUGAAACUGAAAGAAGAGGAUAAUGAGUUCGGUGGCUACUUUAUCGUUGGUGGCAUCGAGCGUUGCGUCCGCUUGCUUCAAGUCCCCCGCCGGAAUCAUGCCACGGCUAUUCAACGCUCCAGCUACAAAAACCGGGGCAAUACGUAUACAGAUUUGGGCGUGGCCAUGCGAUGCGCUCGUCAUAACGGGGACAUGAGCGCUAUUACCAACACGGUCCACUACUUGACGACCGGUGGCGCCAACCUCAAGUUUGUUGCUAAAAAGCAAGAGUUUCUCAUUCCCGCUAUUCUCAUUCUGCGUGCUCUGAGCGGAUCCGAGUCGCAAACGGAAUUGUACGAGCGGAUCGUGCAAGGUGAUCAAUCGAAUACGUUCUUGGUCGCCCGGGCCGGACUGCUAUUACAAGACGCAAGGGCGCGUUUUGGAUCUUUGAACACUCCGGAUGAGUGCCUGGCAUUCAUUGGCACAAGAUUCCGUCGACUCAGUCAAAAAGCCGAAACAACUAGCGACGUUGAGAUUGGUCAUCACAUUAUUCGGCGCUUCGUCUUGAUUCAUCUACCGACGUAUAGAGACAAACUAGAGUGUUUGUUGUUGAUGCUUCGCAAACUUUAUGCUUUUGCGGCUGGAGAUUGUGGUGUGGACAACGCGGAUUCUCUGCAGAACCAAGAAAUUCUGCUUCCCGGUCAUUUGAUGUGUACCUUCAUAAAAGAAAAGUUUGAGGAAUUUUUGUCAAGCUUGCGUCUCGCUCUCUUGAGUGAUCUCCGGAAGGACUUCGCGCGAACUUCAGCAAAGCUAACUGACGCCAAGUACUGGGGGAAAAUGGUGGAUCGACACGCUGGUAAGGCGUCCGGAGGGAUCGGGAAGAAAGUGCAGCACUUCCUGUCGACUGGAAACAUCGUGUCGACUUCUGGUUUGGAUUUAAUGCAAGUUUCGGGCUACACUAUUGUAGCCGAAAGAUUGAAUUUUUUACGAUAUUGUGCGCACUUUCGCUCCGUGCAUCGUGGGCAGUUUUUUAUGGAAAUGAAGACAACAGCGGUUCGGAAACUGUUGCCAGAUCAGUGGGGAUUUCUGUGCCCAGUGCACACUCCUGAUGGCGGGCCUUGCGGUCUACUUAGUCACUUGGCUCUGAAAAGCAAGGUUAUGGCAUAUCCCUCCCGGCUGGAUGCCAAGGGUAUGAUCGAUCUCGAUGACCUUCUGCUGUCUCUAGGAGUAACGCCGUGUGGAGCAGGUAGCCGAAAUGGAGACGGACGAAUUGGAUCGACUCACUUACAUUUACCGGUGAGCAUCGAUGGGCGCAUCGUAGGUGGAGCUAGUCCCUCUGUUCUCAAGAUUAUCGCUGCUCAUUUGAGAAAGCUGAAGGUCGACAAUCCUCCAGUUGUCCCACCAACUCUUGAAGUUGGUCUUGUUCCCCCGGGAAAUCCCGGUGCUCCGUAUCCUGGGCUUUAUCUAUUCACGUGUGCGGCUCGACUUGUGCGUCCUGUUUUGAACCGUGCUUCCGGUCACACGGAGUUCAUAGGUCCAUUGGAGCAAGGUUAUAUGGAUAUUGCUUGCCUUGACGAAGAUAUUCGAGAAGGAAUCACUACACACCAAGAACUCGACCCUACCAAUAUGCUGAGUUUGAUUGCCAAUCUGACGCCUUUUUCAGAUCAAAACCAAUCGCCACGAAACAUGUAUCAGUGUCAAAUGGGGAAGCAAACGAUGGGAACUCCCGCCCACUCUCUCCCAUACAGACCAGACAACAAAUUAUAUCGGCUUCAAACACCUCAAGCUCCAGUGGUUCAGACUAGUAUUCAUGGAGAAUAUAAAAUGGAUGAAUAUCCGAACGGGACAAAUGCGGUGGUUGCCGUUUUGAGUUAUACUGGCUUUGAUAUGGAGGAUAGCGUUAUUCUGAACAAGUCUUCGGUGGAACGAGGAUUUGCACAUGCUUCCGUUUACAAAACGAUUGAUGUAAGCCUCCAAGAGGAGGCCAAAAUGACAGGAGCGUCGUCAUCAGGAGAAGAUGUGCGCAUGAAGUUUUCGAAUAAAGUGAAAUUCGAUAAAGUCAUGUAUCCAAGUUUACAAGACGACGGUUUACCACAGGUUGGCGAUUGUAUGACUGAGGGUGAUCCUCUGUAUUGUGUCGUCGAUUCCAUCAGUGGAAUGGAUAGAGCUGCAAAGCACAAAGAGCGUGAAAUAGCGUACGUCCAGUCCGUUCGAGCUCUUGGCAAUGACAGUGGGAAAGGAGCUGACAACAAGGUGUCAAUUACGCUGCGCUUUCCACGAAAUCCAGUUUUGGGAGACAAAUUUUCGAGUCGACAUGGUCAAAAGGGAGUUUUGAGUAUUUUAUGGCCUCAAGAGGACAUGCCUUUUAGUGAAUCUGGUAUCUCCCCUGACGUGAUUAUCAACCCUCAUGCAUUCCCAAGCCGAAUGACCAUUGGAAUGAUGGUGGAGAGCAUGGCAGGAAAAAGUGGGGCUUUGCAUGGAAACUUUCAGAAUGCUACUCCAUUUUCGUUUCAUGAAUCAGGGGAUAAAGUGUCAGUCGAUUAUUUCGGUGAACAACUACAGGCCGCAGGGUAUAAUUACUACGGAAGCGAGCCUCUGUACAGUGGGGUUUCCGGCUGUGUGAUGCAAGCUGAUCUCUAUAUUGGUGUGGUAUAUUACCAGCGGCUUCGUCACAUGGUUUUAGACAAAUAUCAGGUCCGAGCCACCGGGCCAACAAACGAACUUACAAGACAGCCCAUAAAAGGACGUAAGAAAGGUGGUGGUAUCCGGCUUGGCGAAAUGGAGCGCGACAGCCUUCUUAGCCACGGAACAGCCUUCCUGCUCCAAGACCGAUUGCUCAAUUGCAGCGACAAACAUGUUGCAUACGCGUGUUGCCGGUGCGGUGACUUGCUUAUGUCGGCCACAGAGAGGAGCACUGUUCAGACAACUGGGCAGAGCGCGAACGAAGCCAUCAAUAAACCGAAGAUCCGGCUUUAUUGUCGAAGCGCCGGAUCUGUCGAGCCGAUUGUACUCCCGUACGUAUAUCGAUAUCUCGUCAACGAGCUCGCUGCCAUGAAUGUAAAGAUGCGACUCGCAAUCAAAUAG